UCUGGCCCAUAUGACAGUUGAAGGCUACUUGUAAUCUCACGUCGGCGAAGCGGUGUUCCCCCUAAUUCUUCGUCCCCUUCGCGGCUUCGCUUCCGCUUCUCGCAGCGCGGCGAAUCCCAAAUCCGCGCCGAUCCGACCCGAAUCAACCGAGAGGCAGGGGACACGAUUCGAAUCGAGACAAGCGCCAUGAACGCGAGAGGCUACCGUAGCAACAGAACUUCUCUCUUCGAUGGCAUUGAGGAGGGUGGAAUCCGAGCAACAUCCUAUUCUUCCCAUGAGAUAGAUGAACAAGAAAAUGAUCGAGCUAUUGAUGGACUGCAGGAUCGUGUCAGCAUUCUUAAGCGGCUGUCAGGUGAUAUCCAUGAGGAGGUGGAGACUCAUAACAGAAUGCUAGACCGAAUGGGGAAUGAUAUGGAUACAUCAAGGGGUUUUCUCUCUGGAACUGUGGACAAAUUCAAGAUGGUGUUCGAGACCAAAUCAAGUCGGAGGAUGGGAACCCUGAUCGCAUCAUUCGUUGCGCUUUUUCUGCUGGUUUACUACUUGACCAGGUAGAAGCAUCCCCGAGGAAACCUAUGUCGGCUGGUGCGCCGGUCUACUUAGGAUGCAGUAUAUACCUUUGUGAACUCACUGUCCUGAAUGCAAAUUGCAAAGUAUGUUGAUCCUGGUGUCGCGAAUUCUGCACUGUAUAACGAUCACAGUUGCUCUGUUGCUGUAACUAAAGAAACAGGAUUAAUCUUUGUUGUCUGUUCCUCUGUCAUGCUGUGCGUAUGAUAUACUAAGCAGUGCACCUACUUGUAAUGUUUACCAAGAUGUAUCCAGUUGGUUGCCUUGUUGCUGGACUUGUUUAA